AACAAAGCAACCGAUUCCAAAAAGCAACAGAAAAAAUUUAUAUAAAAAAACUAAAAGCAACAACAACAAACCAAACCGGUUACAGCACAGCUGCGACGCUCAUCAAACAAAUCGUGUGGCUGCUAGCCACUGCCAGCAACAACAAUAAAACUACCAACUUGACCAUGUCACCGCUUGUCAGUAAACUCAGCAAGACUUUCCGUUGGAUCCGUUGGUCCACCAUUAUUGCCAUACUCUUCUAUAUGUUCUUCAUUGGGCUAAUAUUGCACGGCACCACCUAUAAACUGCACUACACACUCAAAUCGGUGGGGAGUAGUAGCAGCAGCAGUACAGAGUUGCAUGGUCGGACGUCAUCAGCGCAACAUCAACAACAACAACAACUACAGCAACAAACAGAAGAAUAUGCACACAAAUAUCCAAUAGAGCCAGGAGAAGUAGGCAAAGAAAUAGAAAAACUACAACGAGCAAGUCAAAAGAGGAGUGAGCGAAAGAAGCUGAAGCAGCCCACAUCGGUGGCGGAGCAGUCGAGCGCAGCGAACGGAAAUAAUGUGCUGAAUACACCGCCGGAAGCUGCGCUGGCCACAACGUACCAGCAACAGAAAAUGCUAAGGCGUGGCAAAGAAGCGGAAGAGCGCGGGGAUAGCACCAUGGCGGUUGGUGUUAGUACCGUUGUGGCUAAUAGUGUAGCUGGCGCUGUGCAACGCGGUGGUAUGCGGCGGCGAGCUGGCAGCAAAUCUAGCGAACCGGAAACUGUUAUUUUAGCAGCGAGCUCCGUGAACGAAAAACAAAUUCUCGAGAAGGUAUUAAAACGUGCCGAUCGCGAUCACAACUCACAGUUGACAAUCCAAGAACUCGCCGUAUAUAUCAAUCAAAAGAUCAUCGAUCACAUUGAGGAGGCAAUACAAAAUAAUCCACGCGAAUUUCAGCGCGUCGACAUAGCGCCCGCUGACGGUUUAAUCACAUGGGAGGAAUACCAUCAUUUCUUUCUCAAAGAGCACGGCAUGACGGAGGCAGACAUUGAUGAGCACAACGAAAUCAAACACACCGCAUUGAAUAGGAAGGCGCGCGAAGAUAUGAUGCGCGAUAAGGCGCGUUGGUCCGAAGCGGCGCGCACCGAUCUUUUUAGUCUGACAAUCGAUGAAUAUCUCUCGUUUCGGCAUCCAGAAUCGAGUAUAUCAAAUUUACUCGAAUUAGUUGACGAUCUGUUGCGACAAUUCGAUCAGGAUGGCGAUGAUCAGCUGACAAUCGAAGAGUUUUCCGAAGUGAAUGUGGAUGAUGAUGAAGAUUUGCGCAGAAAAUCGCUCAUCUCACAAACGGUGGUGGAGAGAAGGGAGGAAUUUAAGCGCAUAAUUGAUAAGAAUAACGAUGGCAAAGCGGAUAGAGAGGAGUUGUUGAACUAUGUAAAUCCGAAGACGCCACGUUAUGCGCUACAAGAGGCGGCGACGCUCUUCAGCUUGUGUGAUGAGAACAAAGAUGGGCGACUGACUUUAAAUGAGUUAACUGAGAAUGCAGAGAUUUUCCUUACAUCAAAAAUGAUAGAUACGGCUAAUAGUUUUCACACGGAAUUCUAAAUGCACCACACACACA